CAGCUCCCAUCCAUCCCUCCUCCUCCUCUUGCUGCUCUCCAUCCUUCCCCUCCCUCUCCCCCUCUGCCAGUUCUUACUGUACAACUAGUACACACACACACACACACACACGUACACACACACACGCUUCCACACACUCCUGGACCAGCAGUCAGCAUGGAGGUCAGCUAACCCCUACCGGUGGCAUUCAUCCACACACACACACACAUGCAUGUACCACCGUGUGGCUUCACACAUAGGCAGCUUCCAGCUAGAAGCUCCAGUGUUAUCCUUCUCCUCCUCCUUCUUCCUAUUGCUGCUGCUGCCACCCCAUCUCUAAAGCCUGGCCAUUCAUCAGGAAAGCACCAAGGACCCCCCCAAGCCUCUCCUCUCUGCCUUACCCUCUACGGACCCUGGGGCGAUGUCCAAAAGCCUGAAGAAGAAAAACCACUGGACCAACAAAGUCCAUGAGAUUGUGAUUGACAGGAGCCUGGAAGGGGAGCUGGGCUUUGACAUCCGAGGGGGGGCUGAAAAUGGUCAAUUCCCGUACCUGGGAGAGGUAAAGCCCGGCAAGGUGUCCUACCAGAGUGGCAAACUGGUGCCUGAGGAACUAAUCCUGGAAGUCAACGACACCCCGGUGGCCGGGCUCACCAUAAGGGACGUGCUGGCUGUCGUCAAACAUUGCAAGGAGCCCAUCAGGAUCAAGUGUGUGAAACAAGGAGGCAUUGUUGACAAAGACCUUCGCCGCUACCUCAAUUUACGUUUCCAGAAAGGUUCAGUAGAUCAUGAACUGCAGCAAAUCAUACGAGACAACCUCUACCUCCGAACAGUGCCAUGCACCACAAGGCAGCCUAAAGAAGGGGAGGUGCCGGGUGUGGAUUACAACUUCAUUACAGUGGAAGCGUUUAUGGAAUUAGAGAGAAGUGGAGCACUGCUAGAGAGUGGUACUUAUGAAGAAAAUUACUACGGCACUCCAAAGCCUCCAGCUGAACCUGCUCCACUUUUAUUAAAUGCAACAGACCAUAUAUUUCCUGGUGGCAUUCCAAGAGUUGAGGGGAAACGCAAGCGCAAUAAAUCUGUAAGCAACAUGGAGAAGACUGGGAUUGAACCUCCAGAAGAGGAGGAAGAAGAGAGACCUGUAAUAAAUGGAAAUGGAGUAGCUGUAACACCAGAAUCAAGUGAACAUGAAGACAAGAGUACAGAUGCCUCAGGUGAGAUUUCAUCCCAGCCUUAUACCACCCCAUUGUACUGCCAGCCUGACACAGAGUCUAAAAGCAGCACGGAGCUCAAGAAACAACUGAAGCCUGAUGAAAAUGAUGAGCUGGGGAUCUUGCCUGAUAAUUGGGAGAUGGCGUACACCGAGAAAGGAGAAGUCUACUUUAUUGACCACAACACAAAGACAACGUCAUGGCUGGAUCCUCGGCUAGCAAAGAAAGCAAAACCCCCAGAAGAGUGCAAGGAGAAUGAGCUUCCGUAUGGCUGGGAGAAAAUUGAUGAUCCCAUCUAUGGCACUUACUACGUUGAUCACAUAAACAGAAGAACACAGUUUGAGAAUCCAGUGUUAGAAGCAAAACGGAAACUCCAACCGCACAACAUGCCCACAACAGAACUGGGGACCCAGCCGAUGCCGGCCCAGGUGUUUAGAGAAAAGCCGCUUUUUACACGAGAUGCAUCACAGUUGAAAGGGAAUUUUUUAAGCACUACACUAAAGAAAAGUAACAUGGGCUUUGGAUUUACCAUCAUUGGGGGAGAUGAACCUGACGAGUUUCUGCAAGUUAAAAGUGUCAUUCCUGAAGGACCUGCAGCCCAAGAUAACAAAAUGGAAACAGGUGAUGUCAUUGUCUAUAUUAAUGAAGUUUGUGUUCUCGGGCACACACAUGCAGAUGUGGUAAAACUCUUCCAGUCAGUUCCAAUUGGUCAGAGCGUCAAUUUGGUGCUAUGCCGAGGAUACCCCCUGCCCUAUGAUCCCGAAGAUCCUGCAAGCAGCUUGGCUCCUCCUUUGGCAGUAAUAGAAAGGCCUCCAGUGGUGGUAAAUGGACGAAAUAAUUAUGAGACCUAUUUGGAAUACAUUUCUAGGACGUCUCAAUCUGUACCAGAUGUAGCAGAAAGACAAAUGCCUUCUUUGCACUCCAUCCCAGCAGAUGGUCAGAUUGAAAAUACAUUUCCUCCACCUCCACCUGCACAUGAUGAUAAUGUAUCCAUGGCUUCUUCUGGAGCCACUCAAGCAGAACUUAUGACCUUAACCAUUGUGAAAGGGGCACAGGGCUUUGGCUUCACAAUAGCAGACAGUCCAACGGGACAACGAGUGAAGCAAAUUCUAGACGUUCAGGGAUGCCCCGGUUUAUUCGAAGGGGAUCUAAUAGUUGAGAUCAACCAGCAGAAUGUACAGAAUCUGAACCAUUUAGAAGUAGUAGAGUUGCUAAAAGAAUGUCCUGUGGGAAGUGAGACUUCUUUGGUAAUUCAUAGAGGAGGUUUCUUCUCUCCUUGGAAAAGUUCCAAGCCUAUGAUGGAACGUUGGGAAAAUCAAGGAAGCCCCCAGACUAGUUUAUCAGCACCAUCAAUACCACCCACUCUCCCAUACCCACCAACCUUACAUAGAGGUUCAUUUCCUGAUUCUACAGAGGCCUUUGACCCAAGAAAACCUGACCCCUAUGAACUUUAUGAGAAAUCAAGAGCAAUUUAUGAAAGUAGGCAGCAAGUGCCCCCCAGAGCUGGUUUCAGAGCGGAUCCUGCCGGUCCUGACUACAAAGAGUUAGAUGUGCACCUUCGACGGCAAGAGUCUGGCUUUGGCUUUAGAAUACUUGGUGGUGAUGAACCUGGCCAGCCUAUUUUAAUUGGUGCUGUGAUAGCAAUGGGCUCAGCAGACAGAGAUGGCCGGCUACGGCCUGGUGAUGAAUUGCUGUAUGUAGAUGGAAUUCCAGUUGCUGGUAAAACUCACCGAUAUGUGAUUGAUCUUAUGCAUAAUGCUGCUCGUAAUGGACAAGUCAAUCUUACUGUGAGAAGAAAAGUGCUAUCAAUAGGCGAUAAUUGCCCAGAAAAUGGCAGGAGUCCGGGCUCUGUGUCAACACAUCACAGUUCCCCUAGAAGUGACUCUGCAUAUCCAAACAGUAAUCAUACUACACAAAGCAAUGCUUCUCCUCCUGAGGGUUUUGCCACCCAGAACUCACAAUCAAGUGAUGUGGUCAUCCAUCGAAAAGAAAAUGAAGGGUUUGGCUUUGUAAUUAUCAGCUCCUUGAACAGACCAGAAUCAGGAGCCACAAUAGCUGUACCACAUAAAAUUGGUCGAAUUAUUGAAGGAAGCCCUGCAGAUCGCUGUGCAAAGCUGAAAGUUGGAGACCGGAUUUUAGCUGUGAAUAGCCAGUCUAUAAUUAACAUGCCUCAUGCAGAUAUUGUUAAACUUAUUAAAGAUGCAGGUUUAAGUGUAACACUAUGCAUUGUUCCUCAGGAGGAUUUAAACAGUCCAGCGUCUGCACCCAGUUCAGAGAAGCAGAGUCCUAUGGCCCAGCAGCACAGCCCCAUGGCGCAGCAGAGUCCAGUAGCCCAGCACAGUCCAGUAGCACAGCCUCCUCCCCCACAGCCGCUGCAGUUACAAGGCCAUGAAAAUAGUUACAGGUCAGAGGUAAAAGCCAGACAAGAUGUAAAGCCAGACAUUAGGCAGCCACCUUUUACGGACUACCGUCAGCCAUCAACAGACUACAGGCAGCCUCCUGUAGAUUAUAGACAUCCACCAGUACUCGAUUACCAGCAACCUCCUCCUUUGGACUACAGGCAACCUCCUCUAAUAGAUUACCGGCAACAUUCUCCUGACACUAGGCAGUAUCCACUCCCUGAUUACCGACAGUUCCAGCUCUGUGAUAUGGAACUUUGGGAUUAUGACUAUUUCACGGUAGAGAUGGAGAAGGGAGCUAAAGGAUUCGGCUUCAGCAUACGGGGAGGCAGAGAAUACAAGAUGGACUUGUAUGUGCUCAGACUAGCAGAGGAUGGCCCUGCAAUACGAAAUGGGAGGAUGAGGGUCGGUGAUCAAAUCAUAGAAAUCAACGGGGAAAGCACACGAGACAUGACACAUGCUAGAGCAAUAGAACUCAUUAAAUCCGGAGGAAGAAGAGUAAAGCUGUUACUAAAGCGUGGAACAGGGCAGGUCCCAGAGUAUGACGAACCAAACUCCUGGAGUUCACCCUCUGCCACCUCCCCAGGGCCGGAAGUAGGAGUUUCUCUUGAAGACAUGAUUGCACCAUUAUCUUCAUCACAUUUAGCCUUGCCCUCUGACCCUACUCACCAGAUACACCCAGAGCCAGCAUGGGAUAUCUACAGGGAACAAGACAUGGGAAAACCAAAGGAGCUUACUGCAAAUGGUCAUAAAAAGAAACGGCUGGGAGAGUCGAGAGAGAGAUCAACAAGCCCGAAGAAAGUAGAUAGGUCCAGACGUGAGGAGAACUUCAAAAAAGAAUUUGAAGAUGGAAAACAGAAAAAAUCUGAGAGUAGCAAGACCAUUUCUGCAGGGAAAGGAAAUGUAAAAAAUGUUGGUGAAGUGGGAGAGUGCAGGUAUACUGCAGUCAGUGACAGUGGUGGACGGACCUCUAGGUCCACUGAAGCAAGCCGUGAAGGAAUCUUCUGUACAAAAGACAUAUAUAAGGAUGCAACAAGUGAUAAGAAAUCAGUGACAGCUCUUGAGCAGAUUAGAUCAGAUUCAGGUGGGGUAUCAAAGAUGUACAGUAGCAAUAUGUCCAGCUGUCGAGCAAGUGCCAUGGACCAAGAUGAGAGAGAUGCUGAAGCUAAAUGCAGCGAGACUCAAAAGGAAGGGCCUCCGCAUCCCAGUAACAACCGCAGCACCAACACUGCACCUCGGAAAGCAACUGUCUCACCAGGACCAUGGAAAAUUCCUGGCUCUGAUAAGCUACCUAACAGCCUGAAAUCUGGCUCUUCAGCCAUGAGCAGAUAACUGAAUCUCUGACAGUUCCCUUUACUUGUUUCACGUAGACUUGGAAAAUUUAUUUUCCUUAGCUUCUGUCUCAGAUAAUUUAAUUUUCUUUUAUUUAUUUUAGUUUUCACAUGCAUUUACCUACACAAACCCAUCUUGGGACCAGACGCAUAUAUUUUGUAUUUCUGUAAGGUUGUGCACAAUGUCUAAACAGUAUAAAGAAGUAACUACAGUUGAUGCAAAGCUGUACACCAGUAGUCGGAUCUCUCAGGUCCUUAUCUCUGGGGUCCAGCAGCUAUGGAAGAACCAAAACAACAGGGAGUGCACCAGAGGCAAACAGUGCAGUGUAGCUUUAGUAUGUAUUUUUUCACUGUAUGAAGGAUUCGGGAACCACUCCAGUCUUGUCUGUAGCAAAUCAAAAAGGACAAACAUAGAGCAAUCACAAACUGGAACAUCGCCUUAAAUCAAACUGCACUGAGUAAGAUGAAGGAGUAAAUGAAUUAUGCCUUGUAAUUUGACGAUGGUAUUGUAAAUAUACUGCUAUCAGCAUAUCUAGACAGGGGUUAAGGUAUUUCUCUGAAGCUUUGAGUCUGCAAACUAUAAUGUGUUCAGUAGGAACCUCUCUCCAUUAACCCGCCUGAUUCUCAUAGCAUAUGUAGGUAGGUGUGUGCUGCCCAUUAACUUGGAAGGUUAGUGUGCUGACUGAUGUGGCUCCAUUUUUAUUACCAUUUUAUGUGAAUACGUCAUAUCUGUACAUUUCAAAAAAGUAAAACUGGAUUUAAAUCUGUACAUCUGCACACGUUCAAGUGUACACUUAUUGUACAGUGCAUAAAAGGUUCUCAGAUAUAACCUAAUUAUUCUGGGAUAACAGAUGAGAAUUUUAAAAAACACAAAUCAGUUUUGAACAAGAUUUCAUAAGAAUAAAAACAUAAUGUUCCUCACUAAAUCUCCCACCAUAUGCAAAAUUUGUUAAAUUGAAAACCUACCGGCUAGGAAAUAUAGUACAAGGUUGAAUUUAGCUAAAGCAUGCAAACUUCCGGAUGAUAUUUUAUGAUGCUGCAUUGUGGGCAAUAGUAGCACCUUGAGUUAUCCAAAUCAAUCACACAGAGCUACUUUUAACAUGUCAAAAUGAGUAUGGGGAUCCCUUGUCAUAUUCUUACAAAACUCCUACCUAUGAGUGCAAACCCAUGUGCUCUAGGAUUCUAAAAAAAAAAAAAAAAACUAGAAAUUCAGGUCAUCAUUGACAAAUAGAAGAAGACAUAAAAAAUGUUUUUCCUUUUUUGCCUUAUACUCCACCAUACAAUUAUCUGGAUUCCAUUAUCACUAUAUGGAGGAGACUUGUGAAAUCGCAACUGCACUUUCAAAGGGAUUGCUAUAUUUCUAAUGCAACCAAGAACAGUUUAUUGAGAAGCAUAUUUUCAUGAAAGUAUUAUACCUAGAUAUCUAAGAGAUGAAGAAAUUAUAUAUUACCUGGAUGUCUGAGGCAGGAUAAGGGUGCAUUUCAUUUCAUAUUACUAACUAUGCUUUUCAUUCAAUGUGCAAUUUUUAUAGAAUGUCUGUUGCUGAUCUUGGGUAUCAUCUAGUUCUGUUCCAAUAAAUGGUACAUGGUGUUUUAUGUUCUACCUGUGUAAGGCUUGGGGCAAGAACAAAGGCUUUUGAAAGCUAGUUAAAACUGAGUCUUCAGCUUUAAAAAUAAGUCACCAUCCACAAUAAUAAAGCACAAAUACAGAGCAUUUUACCAAUGUUCAUACCAUUUCUUGCCAGUUAGUCUCAGAAUAGGCCAACAUCAUUAACUUGCCGAAUCCAGUUUUGGAAAAUGCUUCUGUAGUGAAGUGCAUGUCCCAGUGACCUUAAUUCUAGUUUUCCACCAAUAACAAAAGAAAAACAGAGUCAUGAAAUCUAAAACACUAUACUUGCAUAAACUCUAUUUGCAGAGUGUAUUGCAAUGGCCCAUGCAGUAACUGUGUUAUGCAGCUAGAACUGAUAACUUUGAAAGACAGCACGUCAUCUAAACCCCAUUCCAGAUAAUAAUUCUGUGUAGUGUUCGCUGUGAAUUUACCUUGUACAGCUGUAUCUCUAUAAAUAUAAUUCCAUGUAUUAAUAGUCACAGAAAGGCUGUAAGUGAGCAACUAUUUUUAUGAAAUGCACCACUAUGGUUAAAUUAACUUUUACAUAAAUCUUGUUUACUGUAUGAUAUUCUAAAACACUGUCAAAUAAAAUAUAUAUCCAAAAAUCUAAA